AUGAGAGACGAAGACAUCGUCGGCGCCACCCUGGCGGAGGUCCUGCCCAAGACCUCCAAGUACUGGUUCCAACAGUCCCACCUCCUGCGCUUGAACUUGAUCCUCCUGGUCCCACUGCUCUCCUCGGCAGUAGCUGGAUAUGAUGGCUCUCUCAUGAACGGCCUCCAAUCCCUCAAGCAGUGGAAGGCGUACUUCAACGAGCCCGAAGGCGCCCUCCUCGGCACCGUCAACGCCGCGCAAUCUAUCGGCUCCGUUCUCGUCCUCCCCGUGGUGGGCGUCAGCAGCGACGCCUUCGGGCGCAAGCGGGUGCUGAUCGCCGGGCUGCUCGGCGUCAUCGUCGCGACCAUCAUCCAGGCGACGUCGACGACGCUGGCGCAGUUCAUCGUGAGCCGGCUGGUCGUGGGCGCGGCGGGCAUGUUCGUGGUGCAGCCGGCACCGCUCCUCAUCGCCGAGCUGGCCUAUCCGACGCACCGCGGCAAGUACACCAGCGCCUACUGGACCAUGUAUUACCUGGGCGCCAUCCUGGCCAGCUGGACCACCUUCGGCACCGAGGCCUACGACGGCAGCAUGUCGUGGCGCAUCCCGACCAUCCUGCAGGCCGGCUACCCGCUCGUCCAGCUCUGCUUCAUCUACUGGCUGCCCGAGUCGCCCAGGUGGCUCAUCGCCAAAGAACGCACGGCCGAAGCCCAGGACAUCCUCAUCAAGUACCACGCAGCCGGCGACGUUUCGAGCCCGCUCGUGCAGCGCGAAGUGACCGAGAUAGCCGAAGCCAUCCGCCUCGAGCAAACCUCCAACGCCACAACCUGGGGCACGCUCAUCGCCACGCCAGGCAACCGCAAGCGGCUCUUCAUCUCCGUCUGCCUGGGCGUCUUCGCGCAGUGGAACGGCAUCGGCGUCGUGUCGUACUACCUGACGCUAGUACUCGACACGAUCGGCAUCACCGACUCGUUCGACCAGACGCUCAUCAACGGGCUCCUGCAGAUCUUCAACUUCGCCGCCGCGCUAUCCGCCGCCAUCCUCGUCGACCGCCUGGGCCGGCGCCCGCUCUUCAUCUGGUCCGGCAUCGGCAUGCUGGUUUCGUACAUCGUGUGGACCGCCUGCUCGGCCGUCAACAACGACUCGGGGAAUAAACCCGCCGGCAUCGUCGUCGUCGUGUGCCUGUUCGCCUUCUACUUCCACUACGACAUCGCCUACACGCCGCUGCUCAUGUCCUACCCCACCGAGCUGUGGCCCUACAGCCUGCGCAGCAAGGGCAUCAGCUGCGAGCUGCUGGCCAUCUACAUAUCGCUCGUCAUCGCCGCCUUCGUGAACCCCAUCGGCAUGGAGAACAUCGGGUGGAGGUAUUACAUCGUCUUCUGCUGCUUCUUGACCGUGUUCCUGGGCGUCACCUACGUCUACUUCCCGGAGACCAAGGGCCGGAGCCUGGAAGAGGUGGCCGAGCUGUUCGACGGGCCCGGCGCGGUGCCGAAUGUGCAGAAGAUUGAGAAGAAGGAUUCGCAGGCCGCGAAGGCCUCCGGGGCGCAUACCGAGCACAUCGAGAUCGCGUGA